UCUGCCAUCUUCAACUUUCAGAGUCUCCUGACCGUAAUCUUGCUGCUUAUAUGUACCUGUACCUAUAUCAGAUCCUUUGCUCCGAGCUUACUGGACAAAAAUAAAACUGGACUCUGGGGAAUAUUAUGGAAAUGCGCCAGGAUUG